UAUUAAGCAGCAAAAUAAUGUCUGGAUUUUAAAAACCUGCAGUAGUUGGGCAUUUUAAUAUUUAAAUUAAAAAAAACAAGAUUUCUUAAAGCAAUGUAAAAUCUUGAUUGACAAUAAACUAAAAUCCUAGUCUUUCAGUCAGAAGCAUUGUGGUAUUUGGUGAGUAGCAGGAGGAUAUUUCUAAUGUGCUGUGUCACAUAUUUUCGGUGUUUCGGUGUUCUUUCGUAACAUCUUUUUUUCUAUUCAGUAUAUCAUGUUUAGUCGUGUAACAUACCAACAUUAUGUUGUUUUGUUGUUUUCAGCACAUUGCCAGUGUCCGUCAGGCUGGAGGGAGAAUGAGGAUAAAUGUUACUACUUUUCAUCUGACACAAAGUCGUGGAUGGAGGCUAACGCAUUUUGUUUGGCACAGAACAGCAACCUGAUGAGCAUUCAGGACAUUCAUGAGCGGUUGUGGGUGAGAACACAAAUCGGCACAGAAAUCUACUGGAUGGGCCUGAACGACCAGAUCGCAGAAGGAGUCUGGGAGUGGAGUGAUGGAAGUCCUUUCAUAGAAUACUUAUCAUACUGGAUGCAAGGCCAGCCUGAUAACUGGGGCGAUGACCCCGGGGAGGACUGCGCUCAGGUGGUCGGAUCCAGCUUAGGACAGUGGAACGACGAGAACUGCAACGUUAAGAGGAAAUACAUCUGCAAGCACGUCAAUCCCAACCCUGGCCCUCACUGUGACUUAGCCAACGGCUGGAUGACGUAUGGCUCCAACUGCUACAAGCUGUCGGCCGAUAUCAGGAAGAGUUGGUCAGCAGCGAGACAUGACUGUGUGGAGGAGGGGGCAGACCUGGUGUCCAUCACCUCUGCAGCAGAGGAGCAGUUCAUCACAGGGACACUGGAUGGAUCGUGGGUGGACCUCUGGAUCGGGCUUUCCACUCUGAAAUGCAACAAGAUUUCAUGCCAAGUUGAAGCAGGAAACACUCAGUACGCCUGGUCUGAUGCUCAACAACUUGGAUACACAAACUGGGCCGCCGGUGAACCGGCAGGAGACACACAGGCUGGCGCGUGUGCUGCAAUCAUCAAAGAUACAACAGAGGAGUUUGGGAAAUGGAGAUCUCAUGUGUGCAGAUAUGAGCGACCCUACAUGUGUAAACGGCCAAUUAACACCAUCUGCCCUAUUGGCUGGAUGAGCUUCGCUGGCAGUUGUUACUGGAUGGUCAGUAACAUUAAUCUGUUGACCACCUGGCACGAAUCUGUCACCACGUGCGACGGUAUGGGGGCCCACCUGCUGAUUAUAAACAGUGAAGAAGAACAGUUCUUCAUAAAUGGGAAACUUCCAGACUUUCACCAAGUGGAUAUACCUGACAUCUGGAUCGGUUUAUCAGAUAAAGACAAGGACGGGAGUUUUGAUUGGAUAGAUAAAUCCGCGGUUACCUAUUCCAACUAUGGGCCCGGUUGGCCCCAAAACACUGUCGGCUCCUGGGACUGCGGGCAAAUCUUCACAGGAAAUUAUGAGGGCAAAUGGGAAACAACUAACUGCUUCAAGAGCCUGGGUUACAUCUGUGAGAUGACAGGUGGACAGAACCCCAGACCAACUACAACUCCUGAUUCCCACUGUGACGGUGGAUAUUUGUUGUACGGGGACUUCUGCUAUCAGUUUGAGACUGAGGAGGUGAAGAACUGGCACGAUGCCGAGGCUCACUGUGUGGGUGAGCAGGCUCACCUGGCCAGCUUCCACACAGAGGAGGAACUGAGCUUCUUAACGGCUCACAUGCCGGGGGAAGCCUGGGUGGGUUUGAAUGACAUCAAUGUUGAAAACCAGUGGGUUAACAUCGAUGGAACUCCUGCAGACCUUCUCCCAUGGGCUCCCAACCAGCCAGACAACUGGCAGGGCAACGAGGACUGUGCUCACCUCCGAGGGAUGACACACCCGGAACCUGGGAAACUCAAUGAUGAUUUCUGCACGGCCACGAAGGAAUUUAUCUGCAAAAAAGCAAAGGGACAAGGACCUCCACCCCAGCCCCCAACAUCUGGACCAGGAUGGAAUGAGAAAUGUGGCUCUUGGAUGUCGGAUCCUUACAACGACUACUGCUACCUGUUCAACUACCUGUCGAUGAGGACGUGGGCGGAGGCUCGAGCCGACUGUGUGAACCAGGGAGGAGACCUCAUCAGCAUCACCGACCCCUUCGAACAGGCCUUCAUACAAGGUAUCAUCCAGCUGAGUCCCACAGGUAUCUCUCUGUGGAUGGGCGGGCACGACUCCGUCACUGAAGGCGGCUGGGAGUGGACGGAUGGUUCUCCUUUCAGAUAUAUCCGCUGGAAUGCAGGUAACCCAGAUAAUUAUUAUGGUGAAGACUGCCUCUCUAUACUAAUAAACAACGGCUUCUGGAACGACGACAACUGUCAGUACAAAAGAGGAUACAUCUGCAAACGGAGAGGAAACACACCUGAGCCUCCUCCACCUCAUGAUGGUUUUAUGACGGGUCUCGUGUGCCAGGACUCCUCCGCUGUCCUUCACUGUCCAGCUGAAAGUGUGAUUAACAUCCAGUCGGCUUUCUACGGACGAAAGAGUGCUGACAUCUGUCCACACUUUGAUGGAUCAUCAGGAAGCUGCACAGUGGAAGGUGUCCUUCCUUACUAUAGAAAGACCUGUGACAACCAUCCAUUCUGCUUUGCGUACGCCCAUGUGGACCCGGACCCCUGUCCCACUGUGUCCAAAUACCUUGAGAUCGUCUUCAGCUGUGAACAAAAAGUGUGUCUGCAAGGCCUCGGUGUUAAGGACGGGAACAUUACAGACACUCAGCUCUCUGCUUCAUCCUCCAUUGGUGGCUUCACUCCCAGCCAAGCCCGUCUGGAUGGAUCAUCCUGCUGGAUGCCUUCAGGAAGCCCAACUUCUAGCUGGAUCCAAGUAAAUCUGGGCCAGGUCAGAAAAGUGACAGGAAUAGUGAUCCAAGGUUGUCCUCAAAAUGACCACUGGCUCACCAAAUUUAAGGUCCAGCACAGUAUGGAUGGAGCCACCUGGACUGAUUACACUGCUGACGGGCAGUUUUUUCCAGGCGCAACAGACAGAGACAGUCCUGUAACUCAGCUGCUGGGGACACCUGUGUCCACUCAGUACGUCCGCAUCCUCCCACUGGAGUUCAAUGGCCAGCCAGGCCUUCGUUUCGACGUCUUAGGGUGCACACCAGACUAUGCGAUCACAUGCGCCAAUAAGCCGAACUUCAACUUUGCCAACGAUCGAAUGACUGUCCACUGUCCAGCACGCUGUGCCAAUGCUAAUUAUAAUGUAUACGGCUCUACAGUAUAUCGUGGGGACUCAAACAUCUGUGCUGCAGCCAUCCACGCUGGAGUGAUAUUAAACGAGGUCGGAGGAGACUGUACUCUGUUGAAAGCUCCAGGACAGAACUUCUAUGCCGGCUCCACCAGGAACGGUAUCACCUCAAGACAAUAUGAUGGAACCUAUGCUGUGUCUUACACCUUUGCAGAUGGGGAGCUGAGGUGUUCGGGGCCUGACUGGUACGAAUUUGGAGAGUUCUGCUACAAACCUUUUGGAGACAAAAAGACAUGGCACGAUGCCCAGGGUAGUUGUAGGAGGUUGGGCGCUGAACUCGUAUCCAUCCAGUCGAUGACGGAGCAGAGCUGGCUGGAAAGCUAUCUCUACAUGGCCACCAGUGACGUGUGGACAGGUCUGAAUGACCUGGUUGUGCCUGGUAUGUUCACUUGGUCUGAUGAACACAUGGUGACCUUCACUUACUGGGCUCCAGGGGAACCCAACAACCACGACGGGUUCAAUGAAGACUGUGUUGAGAUGUUACACCAGACUGGCCGGUGGAACGAUGUGUCCUGUACAGAACUCAACACCUACACAUGCAAAAUGCGCAAAGCACAUUACCCACUGCCCUCUGUACAACCCACUGUGUACGGAUGUCCUCAGGGCUGGGAUGCGUAUGGCUACUCCUGCUACUGGAUGGAGGAGACCACCAGGAGCUGGUCGGACGCUAAAGCUUUCUGUAAAGACCUGGACGGCUCCUUGCUGCACAUCGGAGACAUUUAUGAGCAGGCACAUUUUACAGUGACUCUGUCAGGAAAGACCGGUAUGUGGUGGAUCGGCCUGCGUGCUCAUGGAGGGGCAAUGGGAGGGGUCGACUACUUCUGGGACAACGGCUUACCUCUCACCUUCACUCAUUGGGACAAGGAUCAGCCAGAUAACGGGGAUGGUACUUGUGUGGCGAUGACAACGGGUCCGAUUGGUGGUUUCUGGGAUGACAAGCCGUGUUUAGAGAAACACGCCUUCAUCUGUGAGAAAGCCAGGCCCGACAUCUCCCCACCCACCAAGGCCCCGACUCCUCCUCCUGCACAGGGCUGUGCUGAGAGCUGGACGGCUCUUCCUCACUUCAGAAACUGUUAUAAGCUCUUCCACAAUGUGGACUGGUCCCUGAAGAAGAGCUGGGGGGCAGCUCACGAGGACUGUGUCGCCAGAGGAGCUAAUCUGGUCAGCAUCCACAAUCAGGAGGAAGAAGAGUUCUUGGCUAUGUACAGCAAAGGCACCAGCAAGUGGAUCGGCCUCAAGCACAACCCCACAGAAGGAGGCUAUUCCUGGAGCGAUGGUACACCACUCUCGCACACCAACUGGGGUCACGGCGAGCCCAACAACCACGAGGGCCGUGAGGAGUGUGUAGAGAUGGUGAGCAGCACCAACGGGACCUUCGCCUGGUGGAACGAUCUUAACUGUGACGCUCACCAGGACUGGAUAUGCAUGAUUAUGAAAGGAAAGAACCCCGUCCUGCCCCCAGUGCCCCCACCUCCAAUCCCAGCUCCUGACUGUGGUUCCAACCCUGGCUGGAGGAAGAACAACAACAUCUGCUACUACUACAACGACACAGACGUUGUGGACUACCACACGGCCAUGAAGCGCUGCUACGCUGAGAAGGCCUCACUCGUCUCCAUCCUCAGCAAAGAUGAACAGGCAUAUGUCAACACCAUGGUGGGGACGGGCAAAGUGGCUGCAGCUUGGAUUGGAAUGAUGAUGUUUGGCAUUGCAAAUGGACAAUACAUAUGGUUGGACUCCUCCCCUGUGACGUACACUCACUGGGGUCCAGGUGAGCCAAACAACGCCAACGGGGAGGAACAAUGUGUUCAGAUGAACAGACAUCAAGGUGGAUGGAACGAUGCCAACUGUGGUCGGGCUGGAGCAGGUUACGUUUGUAAGAAGUACCCAGGAGCUGACCACACCCCUCCUCCACCCACACAGCCCUGGGAGGGCAACUGUCCUGCAGGUUGGAUGCGUUUCAAGGAUAAGUGCUUCAUGUUUAAAGGGAAGGAAAAUGACAUUAAAGCCAACUGGUCUUAUGCUCGGACCUGGUGCAAAGAACAAGGAGGAGAUCUGGCAGUUAUUGAUAGCCAGUACGAGAAUGACUUCGUUGCUAGUUACCUCAGGGACCUGAAACUUCCGACGUGGAUCGGCCUGUCAGAUCUUCUGUCAGAGAAUCAGUAUGCCUGGAGUGACGGGGUCAGCCCUGUGAAGUACACCAACUGGAAUGACAAGGAGCCCAAUAAUGCAGGAGGAGCGGAACACUGUGUGGCGAUGGCGCACAACCACCUGGUGAGCGGCAAGUGGAACGAUGAUGCCUGCCACAAGCAACAUAGCUUCGUCUGCUACAGGAAGAAAUCGAGCAGCAUCGACCCUCCACCCCCGACCCAGAGCCCCUGCCCUCCUGGCUACAUCUCAUGGUACAAUAACUGCUACAAGUUGGUGAAGGAGCCAUUGACCUGGGACGCGGCUCAGACGGCCUGCGAGAAGGAGGAAGGCAACCUGGCCAGCGUAGACAUGAGCUACGACCAGGCCUUCAUCGCUGGAGUGGUGCUGCAGGGCGGAGAGGACGCCUGGAUCGGACUCAGACGGAAGGAUGAUGGCUCCUACAUGUGGACGGAUGGCUGGCCAGUUUUUUUCACUCAGUGGGGUCCCGGAGAGCCCACUAAUACCAAGGACGAGGGCUGCGUGAGCAUGAGGGAUACACGUGGGUUCCACGGGUUCCACGGGACCUGGAACGACACCAAGUGUGAACUUUCUAAACCCUACAUCUGCAAAUACUCCAAAGAGCAACCUCCGCCGACUCCCGCCCCUGGAGAUGGAAAAUGUCUGCCAUUCUUCCAGCCCUUUGGCCACUACUGUUACUUUGUGUACAACGGUCAGAAAGGUUACUCUUGGGCGGACUCCCGACUCAAAUGCCAAAGCUUUAGGGCAGACCUGGUGUCCAUCCACAGCAGAGCGGAGAUAGAGCACAUCAGGAACCACAACUACACCAAAUACCACCACGUCUGGAUCGGCCUCACCAGGGACAGCCACUUUGGCUGGGGCUGGAUAGAUAAGACCCCUCUGGGAUUCCUCAACUGGGCUCCCGGUGAGCCCAAUACAGCUAACUUCGGCGAGGAGAACUGUGUGGAGAUGUACCACGACGGACGCUGGAAUGACAACAACUGCCUGCAGGAGAGAGGCUUUGCAUGCCGCCACCGCCAGUACCAUCACACAGACCCCAGUGGUGCACCCAUUUUCCCCACUGAUGAAGUACCAGGUGACGACAGUGCAGCGGUGAUAGCCGGUGCCAUCAUUGGAGCUGUUGUGGUUUGCACCUUGAUAGCCGGACUGCUGUACUACGUCGUCAGAGUGCGAGGGUAUAAACUGAGCAGCUUGAGCCUGCCAACAAGAAAAAACACUCCUAUUGAUGUGCCUGCUUUCACCAACCCCAACUUCCCAGGAGAAUCAGACACUUAAACCAUCACUCCAGUUUUGUACAGUAAAUUGAGUUUUUCUUAAAACAAAUCAGCAACAAUUUGGUUUUAGGUCUCUAGACUACUAUCAAAUUUAAGUCUAUUGUAUAUACUGUAAUACACUAAUAAAUAUAUGAUGUAUUAAAACGGUUUCCUGUGUUGCACCUAUAUUUUUGAAGUGCAACAGUUUUGUAAUGUUUACAACUGCAUGACCAGAGUAAUUCAGAAAUGUUGUGCAUGUAAUUCACUGUUCAUGUGUUAUUCACUGACCUUUACCAUUAAAUUGUGUUAGUCUUGUUUCCUUUGAAAGAAAUGCAAGUAAACAACAAUAAAUUAAGGACAAUAAAUUGAUUCCCAGUGUUUAUUUAUCUCUGUACACUGCAACACAAAUUCUUUACAUAUUUCACAAAAGGAAAAAAAGCAUCCUUCAAAAAGCUUUCUGAACAUUUUUCUAGUAAAUAAUUAUUUGGACAAGAAGUGUAAACUUGUUGCGGAGUAAUUCAUAAAUGAAGCACAGACAAUCAAGGAUUAUGGAAAUAAAGCCAAAGGUUGAAAAAGACAGGAAAACCAUUGCAUUAUUCAUGAAUGUCAAAUGCCAGAAUGACCUUAUGUGCAGUGUAGAUG